AUGAAGCGAGAGGAAUGUGAAAGCAAGACAUAUGACAGCAAGACGUAUGACAGCAAGACAUAUGACAGCAAGACAUAUGACAGCAAGACAUAUGACAACAAAACGUAUGACAACAAGACGUAUGACAGCAAGACAUAUGACAACAAGACAUAUGACAGCAAGACAUAUGACAGCAAGACAUAUGACAACAAGACGUAUGACAGCAAGACAUAUGACAACAAGACGUAUGACAGCAAGACAUAUGACAACAAGACAUAUGACAACAAGACGUAUGACAGCAAGACAUAUGACAACAAGACGUAUGACAGCAAGACAUAUGACAACAAGACGUAUGACAGCAAGACAUAUGACAGCAAGAUGUGUGACAACAAGACGUAUGACAACAAGACAUAUGACAACAAGAUGUGUGACAACAAGACAUAUGACAACAAGAUGUGUGACAACAAGACGUAUGACGGCAAGACGUAUGACAACAAAACGUAUGACAACAAGACAUAUGACAACAAGACAUAUGACAACAAGAUGUGUGACAACAAGACGUAUGACAACAAGACAUAUGACAACAAGAUGUGUGACAACAAGACAUAUGACAACAAGAUGUGUGACAACAAGACGUAUGACGGCAAGACGUAUGACAACAAAACGUAUGACAACAAGACAUAUGACAACAAGACGUAUGACAGCAAGACGUAUGACAACAAGACGUAUGACAACAAAACGUAUGACAACAAGACAUAUGACAACAAGACAUAUGACAACAAGAUGUGUGACAACAAGACGUAUGACAACAAGACAUAUGACAACAAGAUGUGUGACAACAAGACAUAUGACAACAAGAUGUGUGACAACAAGACGUAUGACGGCAAGACGUAUGACAACAAAACGUAUGACAACAAGACAUAUGACAACAAGACGUAUGACAGCAAGACGUAUGACAACAAGACGUAUGACAACAAGACGUAUGACAACAAGACGUAUGACAGCAAGACGUAUGACAACAAGACGUAUGACAACAAGACGUAUGACAGCAAGACGUAUGACAGCAAGACGUAUGACAACAAGACGUAUGACAGCAAGACGUAUGACAACAAGACGUAUGACAACAAGACGUAUGACAACAAGACGUAUGACAACAAGACGUAUGACAACAAGACGUAUGACAACAAGACGUAUGACAACAAGACGUAUGACAGUAAGAUGUAUGACAACAAGACGUAUGACAACAAGACGUAUGACAACAAGACGUAUGACAGCAAGACGUAUGACAACAAGACGUAUGACAACAAGACGUAUGACAACAAGACGUAUGACAACAAGACGUAUGACAACAAGACGUAUGACAGUAAGAUGUAUGACAACAAGACGUAUGACAACAAGACGUAUGACAACAAGACGUAUGACAGUAAGAUGUAUGACAGCAAGACGUAUGACAACAAGACGUAUGACGGCAAGACGUAUGACAACAAGACGUAUGACAACAAGACGUGUGACAACAAGACGUAUGACAGCAAGACGUAUGACGGCAAGACGUAUGACAACAAGACGUAUGACAACAAGACGUGUGACAACAAGACGUAUGACAGCAAGACGUAUGACAGCAAGACGUAUGACAGCAAGACGUAUGACAGCAAGACAUAUGACAACAAGACGUAUGACAACAAGACAUAUGACAGCAAGACGUAUGACAGUAAGAUGUAUGACAGCAAGACGUAUGACAGCAAGACGUAUGACAGCAAGACGUAUGACAACAAGACGUAUGACAACAAGACGUAUGACAACAAGACGUAUGACAGUAAGAUGUAUGACAGCAAGACAUAUGACAGCAAGACGUAUGACAGCAAGACAUAUGACAACAAGACGUAUGACAGUAAGAUGUAUGACAGCAAGACGUAUGACAGUAAGAUGUAUGACAGCAAGACGUAUGACAGCAAGACGUAUGACAGUAAGAUGUAUGACAGCAAGACGUAUGACAGCAAGACGUAUGACAGUAAGAUGUAUGACAGCAAGACUUAUGACAGUAAGAUGUAUGACAGCAAGACGUAUGACAACAAGACGUAUGACAGUAAGAUGUAUGACAGCAAGACAUAUGACAGCAAGACGUAUGACAGCAAGACAUAUGACAGCAAGACGUAUGACAGUAAGAUGUAUGACAGCAAGACUUAUGACAGUAAGAUGUAUGACAGCAAGACGUAUGACAACAAGACGUAUGACAGUAAGAUGUAUGACAGCAAGACAUAUGACAGCAAGACGUAUGACAGCAAGACAUAUGACAGCAAGACGUAUGACAGUAAGAUGUAUGACAGCAAGACGUAUGACAGUAAGAUGUAUGACAGCAAGACGUAUGACAGCAAGACGUAUGACAGCAAGACGUAUGACAGUAAGAUGUAUGACAACAAGACUUAUGGCAACAAGACGUGUGACAACAAGACGUGUGACAACAAGACGUGUGACAACAAGACGUAUGACAACAAGACGUAUGAUAACAAGACGUAUGACAACAAGACGUAUGGCAACAAGACGUGUGACAACAGUUUGAGAAACCAAACAAUGUAA